AUGGAAUUUGUGCCGUCAUGGCUCGGACGAUGCGCUGCAUGGGCCGAACGAUGUCGGGACCGAAAAAUUCCGGAUAUUCCUCGAUGGAAACCACAUGAAGGAGGCUUCGACCGCUGUAUGAUCGCAGCCUUUUCCUAUUAUGGAAGGGCCAUGCUAGGUAAUGCUAUCUGCGGUGUGAAAAUGCGUGCGGUCUGCACCGUCUCACAGUGGACGAAUGCCUAG